AUAAUGCUGGGGCUAUCUUACACUCCCAAGCAUACUGCACGGCAGCACACGGCCGUAAAAUCAGUUUAAGAUGGGCGACCGAGGUGUACGGCGAACUCUGCUGGCUUUUGUGGCUAUGGUCCUGUCGCCGAGCGGGGCUCUGGGCCAGUUCACGGUGGACAGCAAUGGAUACGGGCUGAGUCUGAUGGAGGCGGUGGCCUCGGCCCUGGACUCGGCCAGUCUGGCGUUGGCCAACAGCUCCGCUUGGCCCCUGCAGCACGAUCCUGCCCAGGAGGAGGAGUCCUACGACUAUAUAGUGAUCGGGUCGGGCAGUGCCGGCUCCAUUGUGGCGAGCAGACUGAGUGAGACGUGCGGGGCAAGGAUACUGCUGCUGGAAGCGGGCGACCUGCCUCCCCUGGAGUCGGAAAUGUUCGGCCUGAGUGGCUCCCUUCACCAGGACGAGCGCUACAUGUUCCUGGACCGGGCGGAGGUGAACCCGAGCUGCUGUCGGGCCAUGAAGCCGCCGCUGGGCUGCUCCUGGUGGCAUGGACGCAUGAUGGGCGGUACGGGGGCCAUCAACGGGAACAUAUUCAUACCCAGUACCCCCAGGAACUUCGACAGCUGGAACUCUAGCCUCUGGAGCUGGUCGCAGGUGCAAAAGUCCUACAGACGGCUCCUCGGGACACUGAACCUCUCCUACUUCGAAGUCGACAGACUGAACUCCAAGCUGGCCAACUUGGUGUACUCUGCCGUCCACGAGUUUGGAAUUCCCAAGGUCCAGAGACCCCUGAUAGCGGGUUCCAGCUACGGGUACACCCACCGGGUCCCAGUGACCCUCAACCAGGCGCGCAGGGCCAGCAGUGGGCGCCUGUACUUGGCCAGAGAUGGUGUGAACCGAAGGCCCAACCUGAAGGUGGUACGUGGGGCAGAGGCCCAGAGAAUUCUCUUCAUGGACAACCGAGCCAUAGGCGUUACCUACUCCCUUAACUCCAGACUGUACACCGCAAGGGCCUCCAGAGAAGUAAUUUUAAGUGCUGGGACCAUAAACUCCGCCAAGUUGCUGCUUCUCUCGGGGAUAGGUCCUCGGGAAGAGCUCCAGAAAUGGGGCAUUCCCCUCAUCAAGGACCUGCCAGUGGGCCUUAACCUCCAGGAUCAUGGCAUGCUGCCCUUGUAUCUGGUUUUCGGCAGCAACUGCCAAGUAAACAGCACCCUGGUGGGAGUGAGUCAGCCCACUGCGCCCGUUUCGGUGACCAAGUACCUCUUGGAGAGCCAGCAAGGACCUCUGGCCACUGGCUUCUCCAUGAUGGGGUUCAUCAACGCGAGGAUGCCCAAAUCCCGCACAGCAGAACCCGAUCUGCAUGUCGUGGCUCACACUCUGUUGCCGAAGGGCAGCUCUGGCAGUUUCGGGUAUCUCGGCUUUCGGGACGAACUGGUUCAGGCUCAGAAGGACAUUCUACAGGGCGCAGACCUCCUGCAGAUCAUGGGGUCUCUUCUAAAGCCCCUGGCCAGGGGAAGAGUUCGGCUCCGAAGUAGAAACCCCUCGGACUCCCCCAGAAUCGAAAACCAUUACGGGGAGAACCCCAUAGACCAGCAGGUUCUCCUGCAUUUUGUGAGGUUCAUCCAAAACCUGACAGGGACUCCCUCCUUCCGGCACUGCGGCCUCCGCCUGUGGCUCCCCCCUCUCCCGGAGUGCAACAAGUAUCUUCCGGACUCGGAUAACUUCUGGCUCUGCUACAUCCGUAGCUUUUACGUGGGAGCCUGGCACUCCGUGGGCACUUGCCGCCUGGGAAAGGUGGGAAAGGGUGUGGUAGACGAGAGGUUGCGGGUUCAGGGGGUCAAGGCCCUAAGGGUGGUGGAUGCCAGCAUAAUGCCGCAACUGCCAGCCGGGAACACCAACGGACCCGCCAUGAUUAUCGGCGAGAGGGGCGCCCAACUGAUACUGGAGGAUCGCCAAGAAAACAAUGAAGUGUUCCAGCAAUGUUAA